CAGAUAUUAUUCAUAUUAUAGUUUAAUUAAAGGACGUAAUAAUUUUAAAUUUUAAUAGUCCAUAGUAUUUUCGGUAUCUUUUGAAUGCUUGGUUAUGUUGCAAUCGCAAUUUUCGGUCACACUGGAAUACACGACAUCGCCGCCAUCAUAAAAGCGCACAUACACAAACGCAAAUGCACCGAGAAUAAAACUGAAAAAGAGGAACGAAUAAACGUCGGUUCUCUUCUUAAUUCAACACUUGUUAAAUUUCAUUGCGUUUGCGAUUCUUUUUUAUAUAAAUUAAACAAAAAUAACGCAUUCAAACUUAAUAUUUUAACUGUGAUUGCCAACAACAAAAGUAACAAGCAAGUAAUGUGCAAAAAGAAUUGCCAAAUUUGUAAUUUUUGAACAAAAAAUUGCAACAAAGCAGACGACGGCAAAGGAAGAAGCAGAAUAAAGCGGCUGCUCCAAACCAACAAGCUUCGCGUCAUUUCUCAAAUUUCAAAUUAGGCUGCAAACUCCGUACACCAAAAGCAAAAAAAAAAAAAAAUAAACGUAAAACCUGUGCUUCGGAGUAUACCAGCGAAAAGCAAAAAUACAACCUCAUAAAACACAUAAGCAAUAACAUUGUGCAUUAGAAACCGACAUCAAGCAACUGCUAAGACUAAAUAAAAUUCAUCUCGGCAAGAACAGUAAAUUCUUAAUCUCGCUCUUACUGGGACUAAACUUAGCCGCUUAGCCAAACGCUUGGAACUCUAGCAAUGGUCAUGGAUGCGACUCAAUCGCAACAGCCUUCGCCACAAUCGGUGGGACGCGAAUUUGUGCGUCAGUAUUACACGCUGUUGAAUAAGGCACCCAAUCAUUUGCAUCGCUUUUACAACAAUAACUCGUCUUUUAUACAUGGUGAAUCGACUUUGGUUGUGGGUCAACGUGAGAUACACAAUCGCAUACAGCAAUUGAACUUCAACGAUUGUCAUGCUAAGAUCAGUCAAGUGGAUGCCCAGGCAACGCUCGGCAAUGGCGUUGUGGUCCAAGUCACUGGAGAGCUGUCCAACGAUGGCCAACCGAUGCGUCGCUUCACUCAGACAUUUGUCCUGGCAGCCCAAUCCCCGAAGAAGUACUAUGUGCACAAUGAUAUCUUUCGCUAUCAGGAUUUAUACAUCGAGGAUGAGCAAGAUGGCGAAUCGCGUUCCGAAAACGAUGAGGACCAUGACGUUCAGGUCCAGGUGGUUGACCAGGCCGUCCAGGUUGUAGGUGACGCCGCUCAACAGCCGCAGCAGCUGUCCACUCAAGUGGUAUUGCCACAACCAGUUGUUCCAGUUGCUGCCGCUGGCGGAGCUGCUGGAGCGCCGCAGCAAUUGUUUUAUCCACUGCCAGCGGGAGCUGCUACUGGACGAGCUGUGGCCGUAUUACCAGCUGCACCACAAGCUGCAGCGGUGCCGUUGCCCGCGCAAUUCACCAACCCGCCGCCGCCAAUCCAGAACGGAGUUGUGCCACAUGAUGAAUUGCCACAGCAGCAAGGACCACCUCAGGCCUUGGUUCAGGCCAAUGUGUCGCCUUUGGUACAACAGCAGCAGAGUGGACCCGUGAUGCCGUCCAACGUUGGCAUUGUGCAGCCAGUGCCAGUGCAGCCAGCUGCAGCCUUCCAGCACUCGCCGCUCGUUUCGGGGCCACCCCAGCUAAUAGCACAACAGCAUCAACAACAGCAGCAGCAACCGCCGCAGGCUAUGCAACAGCCUUUGGAACCGGAGGAGCCAAUCACCAAUGAUGCAAAGGUGAGCCACUUGCAAAGGGCAACAACUCCAGUGGAGGAUUUCAAGACCAUACAUGAGCAGCAGCAACAGGAGAAAUACGAGGCCGCCAAGCAGCAGCAGAACGAGCCGAAGACCUAUGCUAAUCUGUUCAAGUCUACUUCGUCUUCGCCCAGCGGUUUCGUAAAUGCCGCACUACAGCAACAACAGCAGCUCCAGCAGCAACAACAGCAGCAGCAGCAGCAACAAACACAGAGCACUGUCUACACAUCAUCUUCGUCUGGCGGCGGCAGUGGCGGUCAGGCCAGUUAUUCAACAACCGCAUCUUCCUCCUACAAUACCAACAGCAACUCUCGCUUAGACAAUGGUGGUCCACUGCCGCAGCGCAAUAAUUCAAUUAGGAACAAAGAAUUUGAGCAACGUCGUCCAAGCAACGCACAACAAUUUGGCGACAAUCAGCAGCUCUUUUUGGGCAAUAUUCCACAUCAUGCCUCUGAGGAAGAGCUGCGUCAGCUAUUUGCGCGCUUCGGCAAUGUCAUUGACUUGCGUAUUCUAUCGAAAGUCAAUAGCAAGAUGUUGCCGGGCAUGCGCAGUCCACUAAACUAUGGUUUUAUCACCUACGAUGAUUCCGAGGCGGUACAAAAGUGCCUGGCCAAUUGCCCCCUGUACUUCCCGGAAAACUCAGCUGACGGCCAGAAACUGAACGUGGAGGAGAAGAAACCACGCAUGCGCAAUGACAUGCCACCCCGUCAGCCGAUUGGCGGCAACAAUAUGAAUAAUAUGGGCCGCAAUAAUAUGCGCACUGGUGGCGGCAACAAUGGACCCCGCAUGGGCGGCAAUAAUGGCGCUAGCUUUGGACAGCGCAAUGACAAUCGUAGCGGUGGUGGUGGUGGCAAUCAGUCCAACGGACCGCUGCGCGGUGCCGGCAAUGGACAGACAGGCGGUGGCGGUAAUUAUGGACGCCGUUAAAAUGCAGAGCAAAAUCUGCACUGGUUGGUCAUGCAUUUGAUGGCCGCCACAUAAGAAAUAUACCAACAAUAACAACAGCAACAACAACAACCCAACGUCAGAGCAUCGAUUUCUUCCAUAAUGCAAACAAUCAAUUACUAUCAUCAACACACACAUCCACACACACAUACACACACACGCACACACUGACAUCCACCAAACACAAUCAGCAGCAGCAACAGCAUUCAACGCAAAGGAUAAAAUAUAUUAACGAAUUGUCUUCAUGUUAACAAUGCUCCCGCGAGCGUUAACAGCAACAACGAUGGCAACCAAUGGAGCAGGCAUCGUGCUGCAAUGAACAUUAUUUAUGCAAUUGGAUCGUCCUUUAAUUAAGCUUGCUUUUGUGAAGUUUGUUUUCCUUUUUCCCCCCUUUCAUUAGCCAGCUCGUGCCAAAAAGCAAAUUUCUGUGCAAAUUUUUGUUGUAAAUCUAAUCUAAAAACCAAAACAAGCUGCAGCACGCCCUCCAUAAAAAUUAAAAACUUAAAAAAUAUAUAUAUAUAUAUAAAAACGAUCGCGUCAACAUGUCUAUUAUAAGUCAAAACAUGCAUCCCAUCACAAAUACUUGCAUACAUCUGCAUUCGAACACACACACACACGCACGCACACACACUCUCACUGACACUCACGCAUACACAUAUGAACAACUAACUCACACACUCACACAGUGUCACAGAUCUUAGUGUAAAUGUAAACUUUAACUUUCAAGUAUCGUUUAAAUUCUUGAUUUUCAAAAUUUUAACUAUAAGUUAACAAGAGAAAUGCUAUAAAAAGAGAAGAAAUUCAAAAGCGCA